UAAACAAGAUUUGAGGUUAACGCGGCGCUUUCAAGUUAGCGAUGUCAAUACACGAGACUACAAGUCCCGGGAUGCACCGCGGCUGAGAGAGCCGGAAGAGGGCGGAGUCACUAUCGGCUUUCUGACAGACGCUUUCAGGAAGUGCUCGAGGAGGAUCCAGCCUCACAUGUGUGUGUUCAGACGCUGAGAUCAGCUUCCGGCAGACGCUUGUGGCCGUCGAGCGAGAGCACAAUAGAACAAAACACACAGGAAGAGAGAAAAGAGAGUCAGACGGAGGAAGUCACUGCAGAAGGAGCAUGACAGAGUUCUGGGUGUGUUUCAGCUGCUGCGUCGCCGAACAACCGCAGCCCAAGCGGAGGCGGAGGAUAGAUCGUUCUAUGAUCGGAGAACCCACAAACUUCGUUCACAUGACACACGUGGGCUCCGGAGACAUGGGCUCGAGCUCAGGAGCUGUGGACUCGGUGCAGACGCAGAUGAAGUCUAAAGGAGGUUAUGGGAACGGCACACCGGCGAGCGUCCAGGGCUGACCGGGUGACGUCCAGCACAGAGAGAGUCCACAAGCCUCUCACAUCUAGUUUAAGCUCCUGGGACCCAGGAAGAGGACGUUAGAUUUCAAGGACUUCCUCGGAGAACCUGCACGUCACAGUUUUAGUCUGGAUGUCCUGAGCACAGUCGAUCAGAAACACUCUCUCUCCUGCUGACAUUAGUAAAGUGAUCAAAUUCAACACCCUUUCUGUCUUAAAUCAACACGUCAGGAAGAUAUGAUGGGCUUUUCAGAUCAGAAUAUGACUUGAUUUCAUGGUGUGCACUGCAGAGGACAGCAGGACUAAACCUGUGUUUAUCAGCCGUUCCACUAAUGAACAGAGAUUAAUCAUAUUUCAAUAUUCCUAUCAAAUAUUCAAUGUUGUUAUGAAAAUCUCGCCAUUAUUAGACUUCGUUUUUCUUUACAUGUUGCCACAAGAACAAAUGAGAUGCAGUUUAUAGAUAGAUUGGAAAGCUAUAAUGUUUAUACUGAAUAAAGCGAAAGGCAUUCUCUUGUGUCUUUCAGAAGCGUCUUUAUACAGAGUCCUGAAACCUAAACAUUUGUUGGUGAUUAAAAAGCUUGUAAUUUCCCUGGAGUCCUGCUGUCCUCUACAGAACACAUCACAUAUGAACAAAUGAUCAUUCAUCAAAAUUGUUAUUUCUUAGUUUUUUUCUUAUUCUCUAAAAAUAUUCAAUUCACAAAACGUGUUUUUUUCUGGGUCUCAGGAGUUUAAGGCCAUAUAUUUAGUUUUCUCACAUUUAGCUCAAAUUUAAGGUCUUGGCUCAAAUAAAGAAAAGUUAUAAUUUUUCAAAUGAAAAUAAAUCUAUUUUCUUGCCAUUUUUUUUUUAAAACAAUGUUUAUAUGGCUGAAAAGUGAGAUUUAUUAUCUAUAUUUGACCUGUAAAGUUGUUUAAAUCUUUCUUUUUUGUCAUUUUAUGGUUUAAUGCGAUCCGUUGCUCUCCCUGCGCUCAUACGAUAUCAUUUUAUAGUUUAUUUUAUGAGCUCCAGCUGAUAGCGUGCUGUAGAUCGUGUGUUUGUGACAGUGAUUUCUGAUCUGGAUCAGGUCACAGAUUCAGAGCUGAAUUCAUCAGAUCAGAUCAGAUCAGGUAUUGCUCAUUAAUGUUAGUGAUUCAGAUCAGAAGUCACAGGUCACAGCAUCAGAUCAGACGGGUGUUCUUCCCAAGGAUCCCACGCUUGUAGAUAUUUGUCCAAUGCUACUCUUUUACUGCUUUAUCGUCCUCUCACAGUAGAGAUUGAUCUGAAUGUCUGUCAAGUGCAUGAUUGUGAAUGUGAGGAUCAAAAUUCUGAUUGGGUUUCUUCCAUGGGUCUGUAUUUAUUUCAUGGUUUAAUGGUGGCUGGGCCACAUGAGAUACACAGAUACACAGAUUCAGCUCUGUAAUAACUGCUUUUGUAACUUUUGUACCUUUCCAAUGUUCGCUGGAAGUUGGAAUAUCUUUUUUUGUAAUCUUUUAAAUGUGCUGUGUUUGUGGUAAACUUGAAAUGUGCAUCUUACUGUAAUAUUUGUGCAAUGCUUGUACAGGAUGCAUUGACAGGAAAGUAUUUUUGUACAAAUCGUUUCAUUCUGAUGCCUGAAUAAAAUGUCAUCCUUGUAA